AUGCACGCGAAGAUGGUGAUGAAGCCCGCCAUUGUUGUUGCUCUCGCCGUCCUCUGCGUCGGCCUGUUGUCGGCGUCGUCGUGCCUUGCGCGCGACUUCUCCAUCAUGGGCUACUCGGAGGAGGACCUGUCGUCGCACGAGAGCCUGGCGGAGCUGUUCGAGCGCUGGCUGUCCCGCCACCGCAAGGCGUACGCGAGCCUGGAGGAGAAGCUCCGGCGGUUCCAGGUGUUCAAGGACAACCUGCACCACAUCGACGAGACCAACCGCAAGGUGAGCAGCUACUGGCUGGGCAUCAACGAGUUCGCCGACCUCACGCACGACGAGUUCAAGGCCACCUACCUCGGCCUAAGGCCCAGCGGCGGCGAGGGUGGUAUCGAUGAUGACGAGGAGCCAGAGGAGGAGGGCUCGCCGGCAGCUGCAGCUGGCUCGUCCUUCCGGUACGAGGGCGUGGACGCGGCGAGCCUCCCCAAGUCCGUGGACUGGCGGAGCAAGGGCGCGGUGACCGGGGUGAAGAACCAGGGGCAGUGCGGCAGCUGCUGGGCCUUCUCUACGGUGGCCGCCGUCGAGGGCAUCAACCAGAUCGUCACGGGCAACCUGACGGCGCUGUCGGAGCAGGAGCUCAUCGACUGCGACACGGACGGCAACAAUGGCUGCAACGGGGGGCUCAUGGACUACGCCUUCUCCUACAUCGCACACAACGGCGGCCUCCACACGGAGGAGGCCUACCCGUACCUCAUGGAGGAAGGCACCUGCCAGCACAGCAGCGAGAAGAAGAAGCACAGGCGGUCGGAGGACGCCGACGCCGCGGUGGUCACCAUCUCCGGGUACGAGGACGUGCAGAGGAACAACGAGCAGGAGCUGCUCAAAGCGCUGGCGCACCAGCCCGUCAGCGUCGCCAUCGAGGCCUCCGGCAGGAACUUCCAGUUCUACAGCGGGGGCGUCUUCGAUGGGCCCUGCGGCACGCAGCUGGAUCACGGCGUGGCGGCCGUCGGCUACGGGACGGCGGACAAGGACAACAGUGGCCAUGACUACAUCAUCGUGAAGAACUCGUGGGGACCCAGCUGGGGCGAGAAGGGGUACAUCCGCAUGAGGAGGGGCACCGGCAAGCGCCAAGGCCUCUGUGGCAUCAACAAGAUGGCCUCCUACCCAACCAAGAACUGA